UCGGUGAGUUCGUGCAUGUGUCAUGAGCGCAGGAUUGUGGGGGAGCCAUCAGAUAGGACGUGCUCUGGCAUUUAUAUUAAACCGCAUACCGCGUUUUAGUUAUGCAUAGGAAAUAUGUGCCUGUAGAGUUAUGCUUAAUCCAUGCUCAUUCAGAGCGUGUGAGAGCUGUUUACUCCCCCUCCCUUCUUGUCUCUCCGUUCAUAUAACCCAGGCAGCCUCCAGCCAGUCUUUGCCCAUUUGACUUGCUGGCCCUGAGCACACAACGGGUGCAGUGAGGCUCUGAGAAUGAGCACUUUCUUUUCUGAGACAGCGUGGCUCUGCCUGGCUGUCACCGCAGUGCUGGGAGGAGCAGUGCUUUGCAAGCUCAGGAAGAGCCCAGGGCAGGUGGAAGUAAAGGUGGUCUGCCUGGUGGGCCUCUGGGGAGGGGCUUGCCUGCUCGGCCCAUCCGUCUUCUGGGUGUUGAUCCUCUUCUCCCUGUCAUGCUAUCUUCUGUACACUUACUUAUCUGGCCAAGAGUUGUUACCUGUGGACCAAAAGGCGGUGCUGAUCACAGGUAGUGAUUCCGGGAUCGGCCAUGCUUUGUCCAAGUAUCUGGAUGCGCUGGGCUUCACGGUGUUUGCUGGAGUUCUGAAUGAAAAGGGAUCAGGGGCAGAGGAACUGCGAAGAACGUGCUCCAAGAGCCUCUCUGUGCUCCAGCUAGACAUCACGGACCCGCAGCAGAUAAAAGACGCCUACAGCAAGGUGGUGGAGAAGGUGCAGAACAGAGGACUGUGGGCUGUGGUCAACAAUGCUGGCAUCAUCGGCUUUCCCGCUGACGGGGAGCUCAUUCCCAUGACCGACUACAAACAAUGCAUGGCGGUGAACUUCUUCGGGGCCGUGGAAGUCACGAAGGCGUUUUUGCCUCUUCUUAGGAAAUCCAAGGGGCGGCUGGUGAACAUCAGCAGCAUGGCUGGAGGACUCCCAAUUGUACACCUGGCAUCCUAUGGCUCAUCAAAGGCGGCUCUGACCAUGUUUUCAGCAAUUAUGAGACAAGAGCUUUCCAAAUGGGGAAUUAAAGUCUCUACCAUCCAGCCUGGAGGCUUCCAAACGAACAUCACAGGCACAACUGAAAUGAGGGCCCAGCUGGAGAAGAGCCUCCUGGACCACCUCCCCCGUGAUGUGCAGAAGGACUAUGGCGAGGACUAUAUCACUAUGCAAAGGAUUUUUCUUGAGUCAGCGGACAAGUAUUCCUCCCCGGACAUCACUCCUGUGCUUUUGGACAUCCGGCAUGCUGUCUCUGCUAAAAGACCCUUUGCUUUUUACACACCAGGGAAAUUGGUUUAUCUGGAGCUCUUUUUCUUUGCUGUUAGCCCUACGGGCAUAUUUGAUUAUUUUAGCAAAAAAUUCCUUAACUCUGGAAAGGCUGUACCCAGAGCACUAAGCAUGCGUAACUGAAGAAUAAGGCCAUGUAGUUAAAUAAAUGGGAAAUGUCAGUCUUGGAAUGAAAGGGAAACUUGAGCUUUUCAUUAAAGUUGUAGUUUCCUACCUUGCA